CGGAAGUGUGGGAGGGCCUGCGGGGCGGGCUCAGGGAGGCCCGGGGGGAGGAUGGAGAUGUGAGCGGGUCUGGGCGGCUGCUGGCAGCGCCAUGGAGACCGUGCAGCUGAGGAACCCGCCGCGCCGGCAGCUGAAAAAGUUGGAUGAAGAUAGUUUAACCAAACAACCAGAAGAAGUGUUUGAUGUCUUAGAGAAACUUGGAGAAGGGUCCUAUGGCAGUGUAUACAAAGCUAUUCAUAAAGAGACUGGUCAGAUUGUUGCUAUUAAGCAAGUUCCUGUGGAAUCAGACCUGCAGGAGAUAAUCAAAGAAAUCUCUAUAAUGCAGCAAUGUGACAGCCCACAUGUAGUAAAAUAUUAUGGCAGUUAUUUUAAGAACACAGACUUGUGGAUCGUUAUGGAGUACUGUGGGGCUGGUUCUGUGUCUGAUAUCAUUCGAUUACGAAAUAAAACGUUAACAGAAGAUGAAAUAGCUACAAUAUUACAGUCAACUCUUAAGGGACUGGAAUACCUUCAUUUUAUGAGAAAAAUACACCGAGAUAUCAAGGCAGGAAACAUUUUGCUAAAUACAGAAGGACAUGCAAAACUUGCAGAUUUUGGGGUAGCAGGUCAACUUACAGAUACCAUGGCCAAGCGGAAUACAGUGAUAGGAACACCAUUUUGGAUGGCUCCAGAAGUGAUUCAGGAAAUUGGGUACAACUGUGUGGCAGACAUCUGGUCUCUGGGAAUAACUGCCAUAGAAAUGGCUGAAGGAAAGCCUCCAUAUGCUGAUAUCCAUCCAAUGAGGGCAAUCUUCAUGAUUCCAACAAACCCUCCUCCCACAUUCCGAAAGCCAGAGCUGUGGUCAGAUAACUUCAUGGAUUUUGUGAGGCAGUGUCUUGUAAAGAGCCCUGACCAGAGAGCCACAGCCACUCAGCUCCUACAGCACCCAUUUGUCAAGAGUGCCAAAGGAGUGUCAAUACUGCGAGACUUAAUUAACGAAGCCAUGGAUGUGAAACUGAAACGCCAGGAAGCCCAGCAGCGGGAAGUGGACCAGGACGAUGAAGAAAACUCAGAGGAGGAUGAAUUGGAUUCUGGCACAAUGGUUCGAGCAGUGGGUGAUGACAUGGGUACUGUCCGAGUAGCCAGCACCAUGAGUGAUGAAGCCAGUACCAUGAUUGAGCACGAUGACACAUUGCCAUCACAGCUGGGCACCAUGGUGAUCAAUGCUGAGGAUGAGGAAGAAGAAGGGACUAUGAAAAGAAGGGAUGAGACCAUGCAGCCUGCAAAACCAUCUUUUCUGGAAUAUUUUGAACAAAAAGAAAAGGAAAACCAGAUCAGCAGUUUUGGCAAGAGUGUGCCUGGCCCACUGAAAAAUUCUGCAGAUUGGAAAGUACCACAGGAUGGAGACUAUGAGUUUCUUAAGAGUUGGACAGUGGAGGACCUUCAGAAGAGGCUCCUGGCCCUGGACCCCAUGAUGGAGCAGGAGAUUGAAGAGAUCCGGCAGAAGUACCAGUCCAAGCGGCAGCCAAUCCUGGAUGCCAUUGAGGCUAAGAAGAGGCGGCAACAGAACUUCUGAGCAAGGCCCGGCGGGGACCCUCUACCCAGGCCUUUGGUGACUUCUGGAUGGCACGCCUCACGCCUGUUAGCCUGCACUUCUGCUCUAUUGUUUCUCCACAGCACCUCUGUGAACUCAGGAAUGUGCGCCAGUGGGAAGGGCUACCUUGACGGCCAGCAUGCCACCUUGUGUGUUUCCAUUGGUCAGGUGUAUUACUUCAAAGGAUUUAUAUUGGCGCUUUUAACUCAGAGUUUUAAACCCCAGGAACAGAGACUCCUAGUUGAGUGAUAGCUGGGAAAGUUUUACAUUGUCUUUUUGUUUUUAUUCUCCCAAUAGCUUUCGAUUGUUCUUUCUGGAAGACUUUUAAAAAAUAUAUAAAUAUGCAUAUAUAUAUAUAAAUUAUAAAUAGAUUCCCCACUCCGUGUGGUGGCAUCUUUGUACAGGUACAGUUUGAAACAAUUUGCCUCUUUUCUGUAAGAGUACGGUACUGUGGGACAUGAGGGCAGGGGACACCACGAGGCUGUUAGGGGUCCCUGAGUCCCAGGAGCCGACCUCACCCUUUGCAGGGCUGCAGUUAAAAAUUAGGUGACAGCCCUUUCACCAUGGGUUCAGCCUUGUGUGGUCACCACCGGCUUCUGGAGCUGUUGGUGAUGUCCACGGGCAAGCCUCGAGUUUGUGUUUACUCUUUGAGCCCCAGAAGCCUGGCAUCCUCUCUGCAAACUGGCCUUUGCUGUUUCAGCGCCUUUCAUGCAUCUGCACUCGCCCGGCUGCCUAAAGUCACAGCGCAGACACUGCCCAGUGCCUUAAGAGGAGACGCGAUCCAGCGGGGGGACAGGCCUACCAGGAGCUCUCGGCAAACACGGGGCUGUGCUCCGUCCACAGACGAGAAAGGGUUUUUGACACUCUCAUUGUUCGUGUGAAAAUCAUACACGUGGCAUUUUGCUCCUCAUUCCUUACAGACUGGGGUAGAGGGCAUUUGCUUUUGUGACCCACACUCAAAUAUGUGACUGUUUUCUUUUUUCUUUUACUGCUAAGGGGCCCGGAAAGGAUAAAUGAAUCUCAGACUAAGAUUUGUUCCCCAGGAGGCUCACCCCAGACACAGCGUGUCAGAGCUGGAAAGGACCAUAGAAAUCAUCUGGCCCGACCCUCUUGUGUGAAUAGGAAAACUGAGGCUUAGAGCAGGCAAGUGAUGUGGCCCAAAUCACAGAGCAAGUUAGAGUAAGAGCUGGGACUAGAUACUCAGGGUCCUCAGCCCUGGGCCACUGAGCCAAGCAGCCCCUUCUCUGAGGGAAGAGACUGCGUCAGUUUUGGUCCAGUCAUCCCAGGGAACCUGCUGACGGAAACUUGCUCUCGCCUCUUCAGUGAGUGACCUGGCUGUGAGGAAUUUCCUCAGAGGAUCCAGAUCAUUCGGUCCCAGCGUAGCCAUGAGCCUUGCGGCGUCUGCCAGAUAGCAGACCGGCACCCGCGGAGGCAGAUUGAGGGCCUGACGCAGAUCCGAGGGCUCUGCAAAAGGCAGCACCGAGCCAUCCUCCUGCAGCUUUGGCUCAAGGUCACAUGCCAUUUGAUCACACAGCAAAGUUGUGUGACAGCCGAGAAAGACAAAUAUCUGUUCAUUUUCUUCUACUAUCUCUUUCCCUCAGCUAGGGGAGCCAUGACUGGGUUGCACCUCAGGAUACUGUAAAUUGACUCCAUAAUUGCUUUUGCUCCCUAAACCUGGGAAUCAAUGGAAAGGCAGGGAAUGUUCCUUUUCUGUGGCCAGAUUCUGUUCUUUGCAAUUAAAGCAAGUUUUAAAAAAAUACAAGAGGCAGUUGUUGGUCUUCAGGGCUUGGCCACUGAAGUAGUUAUGUGACAGAUACAGAAAAUAGAGGAUAAUUUGAGGAUCUUGCUGGAAUAAUAAAGGGCAGCUAGUAUUUGUUUCUCACCUGUUAUACACCUAGCACUGAGCGAGGGAGGGUCCAAACUUAACAAUAACCGUGUGAGUUAAGUACUUCAUCUCCAUUUCACAGAAGAAGAAAUGGGUUCAGAGAUAAAGAUUCCUUCCCAAGGCAGUACAGCUAGUAAGUGGUAGAAUGAAGUGACCACUUUUUCUUGCAUAGAGUAAUUAACUGGGCAUUUUUAGGUUGGAAAACAGCUGAAUUAAUAGUAAAAUCUAACAGCCAAGUUAGAGUUUUAAAAACCAAAUCAUCAGGCAUGCAUACUCCCAUGCCAUUCGGUGUACUAAUUAAUAGUUCUGUGUCAGUCUCUUUUUUAAACAAAGAACUUUGCACUUGGCCAGACAGGGAGGAGAAAGCCCACUUUCUCCCUCCCUAAGCUAGAUCCAAGUAAAAGAAAGUUCAGUUUUCCCCCAUAAAUAUUCUUGGGCCAUCAACCUUGAUCCAGAGUUUAUUUUGUUUCAAGCAUGCGUGCACCUAAUGUGCUGGUCCAACAAAGUCUGUUGCUCGCCAGUCUAGCCAGACAGCCCUUUGCUUAGAUCAGAGAAGUUUCCUGACAAGGUGUGUUUGUUUUCUAGUGACUAAAAGACAGAGGAGCAAGUCCUAGUAAUUCUUUUCUUAAAUACUGAAUCCAAGAUAGAUAAGCUUGCUUUCACUGAGCCCUGAGCUUUAGUCAUUGCCUGAACCUUUGCCACUCAAGCUUCCAGGGAACUCUGAGACGCUCAGUUGUUCUCUGCUUCCAAGAAGUGAUGCCCUAAUUGUGUCUUUAAAAAAAUCCAGUCAUCUGAAGCAACUGAAGAACUGUAGCCUUGACUCCUUGAGAUUGUAGAGCUUGAUUCAGGAAACAUUCUUUCUUUUUUUUUUCUCUCCCCCCCCCCCCCACCACUAUUGGCUACAACAGAUUGCCUUAGGAAACGUUUAUUGAGCACCUACCAGAUAACAGAAAUUUAUGAUACGAUUUAAAACUCUGUAGCUCUUUUCAAUAUCAGGAGUGAGAGAGGUGUUAUCACUGUAGAUCCUAUGGCUGUUAAAAGGCUAAUAACAAUAUUAUGAACAACUUUAUGCUUAUAAUUUCCACAUAAAUGAAAUGGACAAUUCCUUAAAAAAUACGAAGUACCAAAGCUCACUCAAGAAGGAAGAUAAUCUGAAUAGCCCUUUAUCUGUUGAAACUUAGUAGCUCUGGGAGAUGUAGGUAUUAUUGUCCUCACUUUACAGAUGAGGAAACUGAGGCUGGGAGAGGUAAAGUCUGUUGCUCAAGGUCAUGUGGCCUAGGAUAUGGCACGGCCAGGGUUCAAGUCCAGGUCUUCUGAUUCUUACUCCAGUGUCCUUUCUAGCACACCAUGUUGCCUCUAAAGAUUGCAGCUCCUCAUUUACUGGAAAAUCGUUCCUGCCCAAUCCACAACUCCACCCCACCCCACCCUUUCUUAAGCACUGUGUUUGUGUUUUCAUCGGGAUUAUAUUCAUUGUCUUUGGAACACAUGUUCUUGUUUGUGUUUGGAAACAGAAUCUCUUCCACCAGCUUGCACUCGGACCAACUUGGAAAAAAAAAAAGCUUAAAUACUGUUGCUGAUGUACAAUUAAAAAAUGUGAAGUUUGUAGCUUUAACUUUUUGUAACAAAAACUAAUAACACUGGCUUAUGUGCUGACUUGAAAUGCUAUUUUGUAAGAUUUGGAUGUAAAUAAUCAGUUGCGGUCAGCAGUUUGUAUAUGUAUGAGACAUAGCUUCCUCCAUUGCCCCCCUCCUUUUUUUUUUUUUUUUUUUACAGUUUGAGAUGCUUCCUGUGUGCUUUUAUGUUAGAAUUGUUCUCCUUCCUCCUCCUUAUACCUUGUCACCUGUUUUAAAUAAACUGUCCUUUGGACCACA